CACAGGCAUGGGAGACCUCACCCCCAAGCCUGUUGGGAGUCAUUACUCCGGUUGUGAUUCUCAUCAAAUAAAUCCUGAACGAUAAGAACUCUUUUGGGCAGAUCCUUGGAGUAGAAGAAGGCAUGAUGUUCCACAGCAAAUUUCCGUGUUUGCAGCCUUUUGCAUGAUCCAGUCUAAAGACAAAGCUUACGCGUCAGUUCCUGAAAGGUGGGGACACUUCCUGACACUAUGAAGUCACUCCAAAGGAGGCUAGACCCCAUUCUGUACACCAGUCUAGAAGCGUGAAGACUGGGGUACCCAGGAAGCCCUGCGAGAGAUCCUCCGGUGCCACCUCCCUACGCCUGGCAGCUCCCUGCUCCCUGGUCUCCACCUGACCAUGUCUCUGGCUGAGACCAUCAGCCUCUGGAAUGAAGGGGUGCUGGCAGCCGACAAGAAGGACUGGAAGGGUGCUCUGGAGGUCUUCAGCGCAGUGCAGGACCCCCACUCCAGGAUUUGCUUCAACAUAGGCUGCAUACACACCAUCCUGGAAGACAUGCCCGCGGCGGAGCAGGCCUUCACUAAAAGCAUCAACCGAGACAAGCACUUGGCAGUGGCCUACUUCCAGCGAGGGAUGCUCUACUACCAAAUGGAGAAAUAUGAUUUAGCUAUCAAAGACCUUAAAGAGGCUUUGACUCAACUUCGAGGGAACCAGCUGAUUGACUACAAGAUCCUGGGGCUGCAGUUCAAGCUGUUUGCCUGUGAGGUGUUGUAUAAUAUCGCUUUCAUGCAUGCCAAGAAGGAGGAAUGGAAAAAGGCUGAAGAGCAGUUAUCUUUGGCAACAAACAUGAAGUCAGAGCCCAGGCAUUCCAAAAUUGACAAGGCCAUGGAGAGCAUCUGGAAGCAGAAGCUGUUCGAGCCAGUGGUGAUCCCUGUGGGUAGGCUGUUCCGGCCCAAUGAGAGACAGGUAGCUCAGCUGGCCAAGAAGGAUUAUCUAGGCAAGGCUACGGUUGUGGCGUCUGUGGUACAUCAAGACAACUUCUCUGGGUUUGCCCCUCUUCAGCCACAGGCAGCAGAGCCUCCACCCAGACCCAAGACUCCAGAGAUCUUCAGGGCUCUGGAAGGAGAGGCACACCGUGUGCUGUUUGGGUUUGUGCCUGAGACAGCAGAGGAGCUACAGGUCAUGCCAGGGAACAUUGUCUUUGUCUUGAAGAAGGGCAAUGAUAACUGGGCCACCGUCAUGUUCAACGGACAGAAAGGGCUUGUUCCCUGCAACUAUCUGGAACCAGUCGAGCUGCGGAUUAAUCCUCAGCAGAAGUCUCAGGAGGAAGCCUCCCCGGAUUCUGACAUUCCACCCCCUCCCAGUUCCAGUGCCCCAGGAAGAUCCCAACUGUCACCAGGUCACAAACAAAAAGAGCUCAAGGAAGUGAAGCUCAACGUGCCUAUGCCCUACACGCUCAAGGUGCACUACAAGUACACAGUAGUCAUGGAGACUCAGCUUGGCCUCCCCUAUAGUCGGUUGCGGGACAUGGUGUCUAAGAAACUGGGGCUCUUGCCAGAGCAUACCAAGCUGAGCUAUCGGCCUCGGGACAGCACUGAGCUGGUGCUCCUUUCAGAAGAAUGCAUGAAAGAUGCCUGGGGACAAGUGAAAAACUACUGCCUGACUCUUUGGUGUGAGAACACAGUGGGUGACCAAGGCUUUUUAGAUGAACCCAAGGAAAGUGAAAGCUCUCAUGCUAAUAGCCAGACAACGGAAGCUGACCUUAAGGAGGGGAGCCAAGUAGUAGCGCUCUUUAGCUUUGAGGCUACCCAGCCAGAGGACCUGGAGUUUCUGGAAGGUGAUGUAAUCCUGGUGCUAUCAAAGGUGAAUGAAGAAUGGCUUGAAGGGGAAUGUAAAGGGAAAGUUGGCAUCUUCCCUAAAGCUUUUGUUGAAGAAUGUACAGCCAAGGAUUUGGAAGGCACUCCCACUGGAGUCUAGGAUGUUUCAGUCUACAAAGCCGAAAACAGGAAGACCUGAUGUCUGCAAGUUUUGUAUCUCUGGUCUAUACUAAACGCAGAGGUGUUACGGUUUGGAAGUGCUCAUUAACCUAACAUUUCCCUAUUAAAAUUUAACCCUUUACACAAUAUAAGAACUCAGGAUGAAGAUUUCCUGAGGUAGAAAAAGGGAGGAGUCCAUGAAGUUUCCGGAAGCAGAUGGUGGGGGGGGGGUCCUCCUUGGGUGCUGACAAUUUUUGUUCUGAGUGCUGGCUACCCAGAUGUUUGUGAAAAUUCAUUGAGCUGCACUUAAAUUUGAUGCACUUCUCAGUAUGUGUGAUGCCUCAGUAAAAGACUUGCCUUACAAAAAUGGAGGCAGACAGAGCUCUGUGAUUUCUAGAUUAAUCUGGUCUACACAGUGAGUUCCAGGCCAGCCAGGGCUACAUAGGGAGACCCUAUCUCAAAAAAAAACAAAAAACAAAAAACAAAACCCACCCAAUAAAAAAUAAAACAAGAUACCCAGUGUCAAGGUCCAAAAGCUAAGUGGGAAUACUUUUUUCUUGUACCUAUACCAAUAGUACAGAUUCUUGAGGUGUAAAUUUACAUGUGAUUCAGAAGCCUACACAUAGAAAAUUAACCAAAAAAAUUUUUUUAUUAUUUUUAUUUUAUGUGUG